CGGGACGGGAGCGAGCGGGCGCCGCGCAGAUGGCCCGGGCGAGCUAGGUCUGAGGCUCAGCUCCCCGAAACGUGACCAUGUGGAUCCAACAGCUUUUAGGACUCAGCUCCAUGUCCAUCCGCUGGCCCGGCCGCUCCCUUGGAAGCCACGCUUGGAUACUGAUAGCCAUGCUGCAACUUGUGGUUGAUUUCCCCUCCUGUGACUCUCUGGGCCCUGGGCCUGAGUUCCGGCUCCUGCUGCGCCCACCACAACGGCCUCCUCGGCUAUGGAGUCUACGAAGUGGACCCCCAACACGGCUCCCGACACCAGCUUGGAGCCCAAGGGCUACCCGCUCUGAGCGUACCCACGGGUCUCUACAGAUGCAAACACCCCGAGCCCGGCGAACUCACAGACCCCGAGACCAGGUGAUUGCACUUGGACCCAAAGGGGGCCUCACCAAGCCCCCAGCUGCUGCCAGAUCAAGCCCUUCCCUUGCCUCCUCAGCAUCGACCUCAUCCUCUGCUGUGGCCACUGGGGCCCCAGAGCAUCAGAGCCUCCUGAGGAGGGGGAGGAGGCAUGUGCAGGACACCAUGCUCAACGACUUCGACUUUAGGGGUGGCAGACCCACAACAGAGACCGAAUUCAUUGCCUGGGGGCCCACAGGGGACGAGGAGACCCUGGAGUCCAACACUUUCCCUGGUGUGUUCGGCCCUACCACCGUCUCCACCUUGCAGACACGGAAGACGACCGUGGUCACCACUACCACCACCACGGCCAGCACGGCCACCGCCAUGACGCUGCAGACUAAGGGGGUCACUGAGUCCCUGGAUCCUUGGAGAAAGACCCCUGUUGGGGUGAGCACAACAGAGCCUUCCACAAGUCCCAGUAACAAUGGGAAAGACAUGCAGCCCCCACGGAUUCUGGGGGAGACCUCAGGUUUGGCUGUGCACCAGAUCAUCACCAUCACCGUCUCCCUCAUCAUGGUCAUCGCUGCGCUCAUCACAACACUUGUCUUAAAAAAUUGCUGUGCCCAAAGUGGGAACACUCGGAGGAACAGCCACCAGCGGAAGAUCAACCAGCAGGAGGAGAGCUGCCAGAACUUGACAGACUUCACCCCGGCCCGGGUGCCCAGCAGUGUGGACAUCUUCACGGCCUACAAUGAAACACUGCAGUGUUCACACGAGUGUGUCAGGGCGUCCAUGCCUGUGUAUGCUGAUGAGACGCUACACUCUACUGGGGAGUACAAGUCCACAUUUAAUGGAAACCGAUCCUCCUCUGCUGAUCGGCAUCUCAUCCCUGUGGCCUUUGUGUCUGAGAAAUGGUUUGAAAUCUCCUGCUGACUGGCCGAAGGCUUUUUUACCUCCUGGGGGCAGGGCAGACGCCACGUGUCUGUUUCAUGGAUUCCGUUGGUGAACCUGUAAAAACAAAACAAAACAAAAAUUACAGACCCUAAAACUCCACUAUCUAAGGGGGAGGGUCCCCGCACCUGCCACUUCUGUUUGCCGGUGGGAAACUCACAGAGCAGGACGCUCUAGGCUAAAUCUAUUUUUGUAAAAUUGCUCACGCCUAUGGGUGAUGCCUUCUCCCCGAGUUUUCUUUGGAGAACAGAAAGAAGAAAUGCAAGGAAGGGACUGGAGACAGAGCGAAGGAGGCCAAGAGAAAGGACAGGAGGACGCUCCCGACGUCUGGGAUUUGCACCACAAAUCUGAACCUGUGCCAAUAAUACCAUUAUGUGCCAUGUACUGACCCGGAAGCUCGGCCGGAGCUGAGCCCAGCGAACCACGCAGAGACAUCUUACAGAAAACAGGGGUGGGGAUCUCUUCCGGUAGAGUCACUAUUUCUGGUUAAUAUAUAUAUAAAUAUAUAAAUAUAUAAAUACCAACAGACACGCACACAAACACUUUUUUUGUACUGUAGUAAUUUUUGAAGAUCUUCAAUGUUCCUUUUUAAAAAAAAAGAAUUGUGUUAUAGUUACAAAUUCUGCUUUAUUUAACUUGCUUAGUACGAACAGAAUAAACUGGUGUUUUCUACGUUGGCAACUCACCACACACACACACACACACACACACGCACGCACACACACACACACACACACACACACACACAAUCACGCACACAUAUUUAUACAAAUAUAUUGGAAAUACAGUUCCACAGAUGAGCGUAAUCUUUAUUCUUCCUGGUGACCUGGUAUUUCAUCACCGUUCAUCCCAGGGGGACAACCUCAACCCAAAUGAUGAGGUCCUUAAAUACCAUCCUUUGUUUGCCAGACAUUGGCUGAGUGGUACUAAGAGUGUGACUUGUCACCUUGGGCCAGAAUUAAGAAUGCCAUGGUUUUCUAUACAUAUGUAUACACACAUACAUAAAUGUUAUCUUUCUUCAUUUAAUUGUCUGAGAGACUACCAACCAGCCAUGGGGGCAUUUAGGUAGUUGGCUGGUGACAAGUGGGCCUGAGCACCAGGUUGGGUGGGUGGUGAAUUCUCAAACAUUUGUGUUAUACAAGCAUAGACUGAAUUAAAGAGAUUUUCCAGUUCCAAGAAUUAAAGAACUAUAUCCUUA